CGUUAUUCAAGUCAAUAGAAAUCGAUGUUCAAAAUUGCCUCGUGCGACCGUUUCUCACGACCGCUACACUACCAGUGCGCGGCCAUUACAACAUUUCGGUCAUCAUGGGCAUUGACGAUGAGACCCGCGAAGUGUCGGCGCGGUCGGAUGCUUCAUCGUCCGCUGCUAGCUACCACAUUCCCCACAAGACGCACCGUAGUGCCACAGUGGACAGUCUCACUGACACAGGCACCCCCACCAACAACACGAGCUUCACGUCAACGCAGCACUACGAGGAAGACUUUGUGUCCAGUCCCAAGGGCAAGGGUGCCGGGCAGACCACCAACAUCAGUGCUACUCGCGGGUCGUUAACAAACUUGUCCUUGAGCGACCUCGCCAACGCGACAUCUCGCGUACGCCCCAAUGGACGAGACAGUCUCAUGGUCCGCCCCACUGAAACGCUGCAACACAUGGACCCCAGUUUCCAUGACGUGCGUGCAACAAUGAAUGCACCGCGAUAUGACUUUGACACGGAAGGAUUGUCGCCGCUCAUCAUCGCGGCGCGCGCGGGCGACGUUGUCGAAGUGAAUGCGCUGCUUGUGCAACCGGGCACGGACGUGCUUCGUCGCGACCCGACGUUUGGUCAGAGCGCGAUGCACUUCGCCGUCCGUGGCGGGCACAUGAGUGUCCUCAAAGCUCUCUGUUCUCCGCACAUCGUGUCGUCCAUCAUCAACGUGCCAGACAAUCGCCGGAACACGCCGCUCCAUCUAGCGUCGGCGAAAUCUCGGCGCAUCACGAAGCUUCUGUUGGAAAAUGGCGCCGACACGACCUUUUUUAACAUUCGCAAUCAAACGCCGCUAGGGGUCCACAUCAUCACGACCAACAAGGACGAUCCGAUGCUUUGCGAGAUGCUCCUUCGGCACAACGCCGACCCGAAUGCUGCCGUGGACCAGUCCACGCUUCUCCACGUGGCGUUGGACAAGGGUCUUCAUGAGAUCGCGCUGCGUCUUGUCCGUCAUGGAGCCCGCCUCGAUACGUUGGACGAAACCAACAAGAUGGUGUUCGACAAGGUCGACAAGCCCAUGCUCAAGAAACUGCUGCACAAAGUGACCCAUUCGCCCGUGUGGAUCGACGACAAGUCUCGUCCUGCAUGCAUGCUGUGCGCCAAAAACUUCUCGCUGGGCAAUCGCCGCCACCACUGCCGCUACUGCGGCCGCCUUUGUUGCGCCGACUGUGCCACGGGCAAAGUGGCGGCGUACAAGUUCCCCAAGGGAUUUGACAACCGCCUCAAACAACAUGGCGGCGCCCCCAAUCACAAGCCCCAGCGCGUCUGCAACGUGUGCCAUGGCGUCCUCAACGACCAGCAGAAGGAGGCCGGUCGCACGGACUUGAGCGACCGCGCGUCCGACCUGGACCAGUUCUACGAUCGCACGUUGAAUGUGCAGUGGGACGAAGUCAAGGGACAAGUGAACCACCCCAUCGCGACCCAGAAGCUCACGGGCGGCGAUUAAGCGCGCUUAUGCAUACCCUUGUUCUUUGAUUCCACUUGUUCUGGUUUCGACAUGGAAGUUUCCGCGAUCUUGCUGCAACCGUUGCAACCGGAUAAUAUCCGGAACAUGCGUUUCAAUAAGAUCGUGUGGCAAAUAUUCAUUGCGCGAUGGACGAGCUGGUGGGGAUCUUGAAGCGGGAGCUGGACGAGUUUAUGGCGACGCAUGCGUCGACCGUGCUGUCCAAGAUGGGAGAGGAGCACAUGGACGACGUGUGUCGCUCCGAAGUCGAGCGUAUUGGCACAAUGUGGUCCGUGAUGGCAUCGCGAAACUUCGCCGUCGCAAUCGACACUCUUCUCCAGUGGCAGUCAGUUCGACUGGAUGGUUCUCUCUUCGGUCACGUGGGGCUGUGGCUCACCGGGCAUGUGCUACGAACAGUACUGCGUCAUCCGGUUCACGAGACAUGCGAUGCCGUGUGGGACACGCUCGUGGCCGCCGCCUUCAAGGUUCUCUCAGGGUGGAACCACGUCGAGAGUUGCGUGGGUGCAGAUAGGUCAUUUUUUGGAUUCCACACAGCUCCAUCCAAGCCCUCAAACGACUUUUUACUCCAACAAGCGGUGCACAUGCUGUGGAAGGACAACAUUGGGCUCAUGGGCACAUGCGCGAUUCGCCCCAUCAAGCAGCACUUUCUCAUGGACUUGGACAGCCUGGCCGCGUCCACAGUCACAAAGGAGAGCUACUUGAACAACUUUUCCAUGCUUCGGCUUUGUCUGAUUCGCCCGGGCGCGACAUUCGACGCGGCAGCACAGGCGUCCACGUCGUUCCUCCGGGUGCUUACGUCCUGCACCCACAAGGUGCACAAACCCAGCGUCCGGCUGGUGGCACUGCAGGUUCUCGCGGCCAUCUUAACGCGCGAACUCACAGGGUUGUCCACGGCGGGGCUGCGGGCGUACCACGACGCCGACGGCACCACCGCGGAAUGGACGUCGCUCGUGGCCGACUUGCACGCGAUCGGGCACAAGCAGAGCCAGAAGAAGCGGUUCGCGGUCGUGGCAUGGCACGUGCGUGUGGCAGUGCUUAUGCUGUCCGACGCCGCCUUGUUUGCCGCGUGGUGGAAGGCCGACGCCCUGGCGCUGCUCCAGGCGUACGGCCAGCACAAUGCGUCGAUUCCGUUCUUGCACUUGGUGGAGCUGCUGCUUCGGCAUUUGGUCAAGCGACACGUGGCGGCGGCGUCUCGAUCGGUCGACUUGAUGGAGAUCGUCAAUGCCAUCCAAGCGUGGUGCUUUACCAACUCCAAGCACAAGCUCAAAAAGAUGAGAGUCAUCUUUUCCGUGCUCUCGCGCCUCUCGCUGAGCAUUGCCGCGUACAACAUGCCGUACGCCGUGGACAACCACAUCCACCACUUGAUUGCCGACUCGGACUCGAUCUACGAAGUGCGGCGCCUCGUGGGGCUGCAGUCGUUGACGCACUUGCUUCAACACACUGGCCUCGUCGUCAUGUCUGCUGCGCCCCCAGUCUUUUCAAUCGCAUUGGACAAAGCGGCGCUCGUCCUCGCGCUGCCGUCCUUGGGCGAUGUGGUGAGCAACAUCUUGGUUGACUGCAGUGGCCACCUCGACUCUCCUGUUCGACCCGGCAAGUCGAACGAGUUCAAGCACUGGAUUGGCCUGCAGACAUUUGAAGCCUCCAUUUACUCGACGCAGGUCUUGUUUGCACACAUGACGUUGCAUCCCGACCAAAAGCUGCUCCUGCUCACUCGGAGUGCCAUCCACGACGACGAAUCCAUUCGGGUGGCGUCCGCGGCGACGCUGCGGCACCUCGCGCGUACGCUGCCCGAAAGCUCCGUCCUUCAAGCGCUGGUGUCGUUCAUGGUACAGGCGGUGGACAAGGCGGACCGACUGCCCAUCUUGCUGGAGGUCGUCGAGUCCAUCCUGUUGGACCCAUCUCUUCCGCUCCGGGACGCGCUCGACACCGACGUCGAGCCAGUCGAGGCGCUGGGUCUGUUUUUGCUCUGCCAUACUAGUGUUCAAGUCCGGCGUCAGGCACUGGUGGUGCUGGACGCCGUCCGCCUACUUCGACAAGGACGGUUGCGGUCAACCAAGAUCAACGCCAUGGACAUCCUCACGGGCAUCGACGGCGACCUCCAAAACACGCUGGGACUGCAACUGGCCCACAAGCAGAUGGCGCUCGAGGCUGGCGGUGUCAUCCAGUGGCUGGCCAAGUCGACUGACCAGUCGACUAGUGCAAACUCGGAGUGGCUGUGGUCGCUCUGCCUUGCGACGCUGUUUCCCCGCCUGUGCGAGAUCUGCCCCACCUUGAUUGACCAUGUGUGGACCCGUGCAGUGACAACCGUGUACGCCAUCGAGCCUGACCUUCCAAUCGACACCGACGACAACUUUUGCACGCCAAGUCAAUGGCGCAACCUGGCCAUCUUGACCUGCGCCACCGCCACCAAGGCGGAGGAUGUCGUGGGAACGCUCCUCAAGCGCCUCUGCGCGUUCCUCACGAGCUUGAGUCUGGAGCAGAGGAUUUCCGCCACGCUGGCGCUUAGUGCGACGCACGCGGCGGCCCACGUCGAGCUACUGGAGCACUUGACAUCCUUGGAAGGUGUAGCGUUCCCCAAGAAACCCCCCGUGGGAAGUAUACCACGUGGCACGAGCAUCAAAGACAUCUUUGCCCCUGCUCCGUCCAAGCACCCGCCUUGUGUGCUCCAGUGGGCGAUGGCGCGCUGUGUUCGGUCGCUGGUCCAUCAUCGCAUCCAGCUAUGGAGCCACGUGCCGUUCCGCCAACUCGUGCUCGACGUAGUCGACAAAUUGUACGGUGCGCUGACCACCCCCCCCCCGCCAC